CUGUCACGGAAGGAGGGGUCGGACAACAUCCACCUGUCCCACCCCGCUCCGAACCCCACAGCUCCCUCCGCCCCACAGAUCCCACCACUAUGGGGCAAGAGGAGCCGCCCGGAGCUUUCGACUUGGGCUUCCUGCGCACCCCCAAGGGGCUGCUGCUGGGGGGCGAGCUGGUGCUCUGUGGGGCAAUUGUGGGGCUGCUAGCCCCCCCUGCCCCCCCCACGCUGGCCCCAGCCCUGUUGCAGACCCUGGUGGGGGCAGCUGCCCUGGGGGGGCAGCUGCUGCGGGACCACCCCCGCCUGCCCCAUGGCUAUGGGCCCUGCCUGGACCUCCUUCGGGCUGUCAGCGGGACUAUCAUCUUUCUAGUGGUGGCCCUGGUGGCCUUGGCCUCCUCCCGGGAUGCUUUGGCCGCCACCACCUUUACUUUCAGUCUCAUCCUCACCUUCCUCUUUGCCUUUGAUGUCUUCGUCACCUACCACACCAAGGUGGCCCCUACAGUGGGACAAGACCCCGACAUGGACUCAACCUGAUCGGACACCCAUUCAAUUCUUUUCCCAUAAUUCCCUGGUGCCUCACCCCAUAGCUCCGCUCCAUAACCAUGUCAUAACCCCCCCCCCC